GAUAAUAAUAUUUUGUUUACUGUAAACAUAAUUCAAAUAGAAUUUAUUAAAUGAAUUACAAUUUGUAAUAAAUGCUUGAAACAGUGUCAGAGAUUCGACCGUUAUGUUUGAAAGUUAAAAGUACACAGCGAUGUUACAGUGUACUAUUGAAUUGUAUCUUUAGGAGUGUAAGAAGAAAAACAAAAGGGAGUGAGGAAUGGAAAGAGUGACAGAACAACCAAAAUUGGAGUAUGAAGCUCUCAGAAAGGCUCGCAUGUUAGAGAAUCAGGCUAAGUUGGAGUCUCUAGGUGUUGGAAAAACUGUUUCUCAACUCCGACAACAAGUCAAGGAACAACAACCACAUCGUCCUUACCAAAAGAAAGUCUACGGUCUCACUCCUUUGCGCCGCUCCCUGCGAAUAAGUAACAACCUUAGAAUAAGUAACAACCUUAGAAUCAGUAAAAACCUUAAGCCACCAGAAUGUAAUCCUUCCAGAAUCAUUUCCACACCAUCCACACCCCUUUCAACACCUUCCAAAAUCAUUUCCACACCUCUUUCAAGACCUUCCAAAAUCAUUUCCACACCUCUUUCAACACCUUCCAAAAUCAUUUCCACACCAUUCACACCCCUUUCAACACCAAAACAAGAUAAGGUAACUUUUUCUGGAGAGAAAGAAGAGAAACAGAGACCUGCCAAUGCUCCUCUGGUGAACCUAAGCGAUGCUGAUCUUCUGCUUUCAUCAGAGCAUUCGGCUAGAAGGUGUAACAGCAAGGGCAGAGGUAGUAUCUACAAUCCAGUUUUGGGAAUAUGCUGCCAUUUUUGCAGGCAAAAGAAAUUGUGUGGUGAAGAAGACUGCAAGAGAUGUGGCAAUUUUGAUGUGAAUGAACCAUGCUUGGGAAAGACUGAUUGUUCUGUCUGUCACUCUAGCACUGGUGUUUUUUGUAGAGCCUGUCUCAAGGUUCGAUAUGGAGAAGAAAUUGAGGAAGUGAGAGAAAACAAGGGAUGGAUGUGUCCACAUUGCAUAGAAGAACAAGGAACUAAGCCUUACUGGAUAUGUAACAGUUCAAUAUGUCUGAGGAAACGAAAGAUGCCUCCAACUGGAAUAGCAGUAUUCAAAGCUCGUCAAAUGGGGUACAAUUCAGUGGCACAUCUACUAAUGGAAGAACUUAGACUUGGAAAAUGCAAGUGAUGUGAUCACUUAUUGUAUUCAACAGUUGGUAGAUUUUAAUUUAUUUAGACUUCAAUUGUCAUUCUGUUUCUUUUGUAACAUUCUUUAGUGUGACUCGUUUUUAAUUUCUGUUUCAAUAA